GCCACUCAUUUUUUAGAAUUGACCUUCCACCUAUUGGAGGGAUCGAAGCUGUUGCUUGUCAUGCAAACAUCAGAGGCAAAGACCUCUGUAUUGUCAGCUUGUAUUGGCCUCCGAGAGCUGCGGUUAGCCGCAAACAACUUGAUGACAUGUGCUCACUCCUUCCUGAGCCACGAUUGAUCUUGGGAGACUUCAACUCUCACGGAACUGCCUGGGGGGAACAGUACGACGACAAUCGUUCAUUGUUGAUAUAUGACCUUUGUAACAGCUUUAAUAUGACCGUUUUGAACACUGGGGAAACAACACGUGUACCUAAACCUCCUGCUAACCCAAGUGCUCUUGACCUCUCGCUUUGCUCGAAUUCACUAUCGUUAGAUUGCAAGUGGAAUGUAAUCCAGAACCCCAACGGUAGUGAUCACUUGCCAAUCAAAAUUUCCAUCACCAUUGGGUCGAAUUCUUCUGAAUCUAUAAACAUGGCAUAUGACCUCACAAGACACAUUGACUGGAAAAAAUAUGCGGACGCGAUUGCUCUAGCCAUCAAUUCCAGAGAUGGUUUACCUCCAUUGGAGGAGUAUAACUUCCUUUCUCGUUUGAUCUAUGACAGCGCGGUUCGCGCUCAAACGAAACCCAUCCCAGGUUUUACCAUUUCCCGAAGGCCUCCCAAUCUAUGGUGGGAUAGCCAAUGAUCCAAGCUUUAUGUAGAAAAAUCGAAUGCAUUUAAAGCUUUUCGGAAACGUGGAACCCCUGAAAAUUUUCAAACGUAUUUAGCCCUUGAAGAUCAAUUUAAAAACUUAAUCAAAGGGAAAAAACGUGCUUAUUGGCGAAAUUUCGUGGGAGGUUUGUCACGAGAAACGUCAAUGAAAAAAUUAUGGAAACAUAAGAAAUCGCUCUUCAACGAAUGAAAGCGAAGAAUAUUCACAUCGAUGGAUUUUUAAUUUUGCACGGAAGGUUUGUCCUGAUUCCGCUCCUGUGCAAAACAUUGUUCGAGAUAUACCACAAGGUAGGUGCGAUCUUGAUUCCGAGUUUUCGAUGGUAGAAUUCUCUCUUGCUCUGCUCUCAUGUAACAAUUCUGCUCCGGGAUCGGAUAGAAUUAAGUUCAACUUGCUGAAAAACCUCCCUGAUGUGGCGAAACAUCGCUUGUUGAAUUUAUUCAAUCGGUUUCUGGAGAAUAAUAUUGUUCCAGAUGAUUGGAGACAAGUACGAGUUAUAGCUAUUCAAAAACCCGGAAAACCCGCGUCCGAAUUCAAUUCGUACCGUCCAAUAGCAAUGCUGUCUUGUAUACGGAAAUUGUUGGAGAAAAUGAUCUUGUUUCGCCUUGAUCGAUGGGUUGAAACGAAUGGCCUACUCUCAGAUACACAAUAUGGGUUCCGCAGGGGCAAGGGGACGAAUGAUUGUCUUGCGUUGCUUUCUUCAGAAAUUCAAAUGCCGAAAAAAAAAAACAAAUGGCUUCAGUAUUCUUGGACAUAAAGGGGACCUUCGAUUCUGUUUCAAUAGAGGUUUUGUCGGACAAAUUACACUCUCGGGGUCUGCCGCCUCUAUUGAAUAAUAUGUUAUAUAACUUGCUUUGUGAGAAACAUUUGAACUUUUCUCACGGAGAUUCGGCAGUAAGUCGGGUCUCUUACAUGGGCCUCCCCCAGGGCUCAUGUUUAAGCCCCCUUUUGUACAACUUCUAUGUAAGCGACAUCGACAAUUGCCUUACACAAAAUUGCAGCCUAAGACAACUUGCAGAUGAUGGAGUGGUGUCUGUCGUAGGACCAAACGAAUCCGACCUGCAAGGACCCUUACAAGAUAGUUUGAACAAUUUUUCAACCUGGGCCAUUGGGCUAGGGAUCGAAUUCUCCACGGAGAAAACAGAGAUGGUGGUUUUUUCUAGGAAGCAAAGCUUCAACUUUUGGGUAAACCGAUCACUCAUGCUAUGUCAUUCAAGUAUCUUGGGGUCUGGUUCGACUCUAAAUGUACUUGGGGGGCCCAUAUUAGGUAUCUGAGUAAAAAAUGCCAACAAAGAAUAAACUUUCUCCGUACAAUUACCGGCACCUGGUGGGGAGCCCACCCACAAGAUCUUAUAAUGUUGUAUCGAACAACUAUUCUCUCAGUGAUGGAGUAUGGCAGUUUCUGUUUUCAAUCAGCUGCCAAAACACACCUCAUUAAACUCGAGCGAAUUCAGUAUCUUUGUCUCCGUAUCGCGUUGGGAUGUAUGCCCUCAACGCAUACCAUGAGUCUCGAGGUUUUGGCAGGCCUACUCCCACUAAAAGAUCGCUUCAAUUUAUUAUCUCUUCGGUUCUUCAUCCGGUGUAAGGUCAUGAACCCAUUGGUGAUCGGAAAUUUUGAGCAGCUGAUCGAGCUAAAUUUUCACUCCGGAUUCAUGAGUUCAUAUCAUGAAUUCAUCUCCAUGCAGGUUGAUCCUUCUUCGUAUAUUCCCAACCGUGUUUGUUUCCCUGACUACAUCAAUUCCUCUGUGCAUUUUGAUCUGUCCAUGAAGCAAGAUAUCCAUGGGUAUUCAGAUUACCAACGAUCGAGGAUCGCUCCAACGAUCUUCGAUGAAAAGUAUGGGGGUAUCAAUUGUGAUAAUAUGUACUUUACUGAUGGGUCCACUAUAAACGAGUCCACAGGAUUCGGAGUGUUCAAGGAAUUUUUUAGCACCUCACACAGUCUUCAGAACCCUUGCUCAGUGUAUAUUGCUGAAUUGGCAGCAAUUCAUUGGGCGCUGGACAGCGUCGCCUCACGACCUGUUGAACACUAUUACAUUGUAACGGAUAGUCUUAGCUCUGUCGAAGCUAUCCGUUCAGUGAGGCCGGAAAAGCACUCGCCGUACUUCCUUGAGAGAAUACGAGAAAUUUUGAGUGCUUUAUCCAGACGCUGUUAUGUCAUUACCUUUAUCUGGGUCCCUUCACAUUGCUCCAUUCCGGGUAAUGAGAGAGCUGACUCAUUAGCAAAGGUAGGUGCAAUUGAAGGCGAUAUUUAUCAGCGUCAAAUCGCCUUCAAUGAAUUUUAUUCUUUAGUCCGCAAAAAUACCAUCGCUAACUGGCAACGCAAGUGGAAUGAAGACGAAUUGGGCCGGUGGUUUCACUCGAUUAUCCCUAAGGUUAGCCUCAAACCGUGGUUCAAAAGUCUGGACUUGAGUCGGGACUUUAUUCGCACCUUCUCCCGACUCAUGUCCAAUCACUGUUCGUUAGAUGCACUACUCUUCCGUUUCAAUCUUGCCAGCAGCAAUCUCUGCGUUUGUGGCCAAGGUUAUCACGAUAUCGAGCACAUUGUUUGGUCGUGCGAGGUGUAUCUGAUCGCCAGAUCGAAUUUAAAAAACUCCCUUCGGGCCCGAGGAAGACAGCCCAAUGUGCCGGUGAGAGAUGUGUUGGCUCGGUUAGACCUUGAUUACAUGUCCCAUAUAUAUGUUUUCCUUAAAUCUAUAGAUCUUCGUGUGUGAUUGCCCCUACAUCCUUAUACCCUCCUUUCCUUCCUUUGCGGGUAAUUCGACCCCUUGCUAUAAAUAGUAGAAUAAGUUGAAAUGUAAAUACACUAUAGAUAUACGAAUAGAUUUAUAAAUUGAGUGUUCAUCAACAUUGUUACAAUUUCCUUAUAUCCCAUCCUUCUCCUAAAAAUAUAUCACCCUCCUAAACUCGAGUACACCGCGAGUAAUCGGUUUUCCACCUUACUAACCAUAGAUGUAAGAAAAUUGUUUAUAUAUAUAGUUUUAAAAUUAUAUUUAAGAAUUCGGCUCCUUUAAACUUAAGUAACUGAGCCUGUAAAAAUAAACGAAUUAAAUAAAAAAAAAAGUAUGCAAAGUUGCUUGAAAGACCCAUGUGUUUACACCCACAACGUUUCGCUGCUAUCUGAGAUGGUGCUGCCAACGGUCAGUCGAGUUGGCAUGAAAUUCGUCCUUGACGAAAUUUUGAGGGUUUAUCAAGAUCACAGUUUUGAUAACCGGGUCACUAAAAUCAUAUCGCUUUGAAAUCUAUUUCACGAGUUCAACAUAGAAGACACGACAAAUCGAAUUGAAGGUCAGCUUAACAGUUGCAUCCAAUUGAAUUAAAAAAAAAUCUGUAAAUUCUGUAUCUUUGCCAAAAAUCUGUUAUACAGUUAUACAGAUUCUGUAUCUUAAAUUUGGCGAAAAAUCUGUAAAAUUACUUGAAUUAACUGUAUAUGUGGCAACCCUGGUCAUAACUUAGCUGCAAACACAUUGUAUUGUGGAUAAAACACAUUGUAUUGUGGACCUCAUCUAUCGAAUUCUUUUUUUUUCCAAUUCAUUUAUUUGUAAGGCUCAAUCGCAUGAGCUUUGCGGAGCCACUAAUUCAUGAUUUGUUUUUACAGAAUUUCAACUUAAAUCUAUGUUUAGUAGGUUUCGACCGAUUACUCGCGGUUUACUCGAGGUUAGAGGGGCAACAAUUUUUGUGGGAUGGAUCAGGUUAGGGAUAUGGAUAUGAGGUAUCGUUGUCUCAACCGAGAGUUUCCGCACGCACUGUAGCAUUGUGCAUAAAGACCAGGGAUAGCAUCUGGUGUUCGACUAUCUGUCGAGGGUGGGCGACGGUGAGAUGAGGGGACAAGACAAACAAACUAAUAACGAAAAAGAAAAAAAACACACAAAAGCAUUAAAUUCUUAUGCUAGUCCGUUUCACAAACAUAUAGAUCAACUGCUUAUAGCAGAUGUCGCGAGUUCCCAACACGUCUCUAACAGGAACAUAGGGUUGUCUUCUUUGGGCCCUAAGGGCAUUCAAAAGGUACUCUCUGGCUGCGUAAUUAUCCGUACAUUGCCAAACUGCGUGAUCGAUGUCAUCGUAACCGUUUCCACACCGACAGACGUUGCUUUGAACAAGAUUUAUUCUGUGGAGAUGCACAUCUAGCGAGUAGUGGUUGGACAUAAGUCUACUCAUUACACGAAUGAAGUCACGACUUACGUCCAGACCUUUGAACCACGCUCUCGAAGAAACAUUUGGAAUAAUUGAAUAUAACCACCGCCCAAGACUUCCAGUGUUCCAAUCAGUUUGCCAACUCAAGAGGGAACUCUGGCGCAGUAAUUGGAAAAAUUCAUCGUAUGAAAUCUGUCUAUCAAACAAUUCGCCUUCCUGGGCACCCACCUUUGCGAGAGUGUCCGCUUUCUCAUUGCCAGGAAUUGAGCAAUGAGAGGGGACCCAUACAAAGGUUAACUUAUAAGAUCUUUCGAUCAGUGCACUCAUCUGCUGCCUCACUUUUGUGAGGAAAUAAGAUGGGUGCCUACUAGUUUUCAUCGACUGGAGAGCCUCAAGCGAACUGAGACUAUCCGAGAAAAUGAAGUAAUGGUCUGCAGGCUUGUUGGAGAUCAUCCCCAAUGCGAAGUCGAUUGCUGCCAGCUCAGCAACAUAAACGGAACAAGGUUCCUGCAGUUUACGGAAGGCGCUCGAAUUUUCAUUGAAAACACCGAAGCCAGUGGAUCCAUUGAGGCGAGACCCAUCAGUGAAGUAUCUUUUCAUGCAAUUGACUUUUUGGUACUUUCGGUUAAAAAUACGGGGAAUGAAAGUUGGUCGAAGCUGAUCUGAAAUCCCAAGUAUUGCUUGUUUCAUCGACAGAUCGUAUUCAAUUGAGGAACUGCUGAUGGUGAAGUGAGCACGAUCUGGAGUAAACGAUGGAAGACAAAUAUCUGACGAAAUAUAGUGGUAAUAAAUUCUCAUAAACCGAGAUUGUAUAUUUAGAUGAAGAAGAAUUUUUUCAAAGUUUUCAAUCACAAGUGUGUUCGUGACUCCGCAUUUCACCAGUAUUCUGAGAGAAAGUUCCCAGAAUCGGUUCUGUAGAGGAGUUACUCCUGCCAGAACCUCGAGACUCAUGUUAUGCGUUGAGUGCAUACAGCCAAGGGCUAUACGCAGACAAUGAUAUUGAAUUCGUUCCAAUUUUAGAAGGUGACUUUUAGGUGCUGAGAGAAAGCAGAAAGAGCCAUACUCCAGAAUAGUUGUUUUAUAAAGCGUUAUGAGAUCUCCCGGAUGAGCUCCCCACCACGUGCCGCAAAUCGAACGGAGAAAGUUGACCCUCUUUUGACAUUUUUGCUUCAAAUACGUAAUGUGGGUAUUCCAAGUGCAUUUUGAAUCAAACCAGACACCAAGGUACUUGAAGGUCAAUGAUUGGGUAAUGCUUCUGCCCAAAAGCUUGAGUUGCAAUUUGGCUGGGAACCGCUUUCGAGUAAACACUACCAGUUCUGUUUUCUGCGGCGAGAAUUCGAUCCCUAAGUUCCUUGCCCAGGAAGACAAGUUACCUAGGGAAUUUUGCAAUGGUCUUUGCAAGUUUUCGGCAUGGGGACCUCUGACGGAAACCACACCAUCAUCUGCAAGUUGUCUUAGCGUGCAUUGUUCUGCCAAACAACUGUCAAUAUCUUUCACAUAAAAAUUAUAAAGAAGGGGGCUGAGACAUGAGCCUUGGGGUAGACCCAUAUAACUAUUUCUGGAAGUUGUCAGUUGUCCAAGGGUAAAGUUCAUUCGCUUUUCUGACAACAAAUUGUACAAGAAGUUAUUCAAAAUUCCAGGAAGUCCACAUCUGUCCAGAUUGUCUGACAGAAUUUCUAUGGAAACCGAAUCAAAAGCUCCCUUAAUAUCCAAGAAUACUGAAGCCAGUUGCUCCUUGUGCGCAAAGGCCAGUUGAAUAUCCGUAGAAAGCAACGCUAGACAAUCGUUUGUUCCUUUGCUCUUACGAAACCCAAAUUGUGUACUUGAUAGCAAAUUAUUCGUCUCGAUCCAUUGAUCGAGUCUUCGAAGGAUCAUUUUUUCCAACAAUUUUCUAAUGCACGAGAGCAUAGCAAUCGGACGGUAUGAGUUAUGGUCAGACGCUUGUUUGCCAGGUUUUUGAAUUGCUAUUACUUUGACCUGUCUACAUUCGGGUGGCACAAUAUUGUUUUCUAGUAGGGUAUUGAAUAAGUCGCGAUAUCGGGAAGAUUUUUUAGAAGAACGAAUUUAAUCAUAUCGCUUCCGGGUGAAGAGUUGUUCGAUGAAAGAAGAGCCAUAGAAAAUUCCAGCAUUGAGAAUGGUCUGUCCAGAGGUCCACCGCUUAGAGACGUUUCUCGAAGAAUAUGUUGGGCUGGAACUGAGUCUGGACAGACCUUUUUAGCGAAAUCGAAUAUCCAUCGGUUGGAGUAUUCCUCACUCUCGUUAGUAGAUAAGCGGUUACGCAUGUUGCGAGCUACCCUCCACAAGGUACGUACUGAGGUUUCACGAGAAAGACCUUCAAUGAAAUUGCGGCAGUAACCGCGUUUUUUUGCUUUAAUUAAUUGUUUCAGCUGUAUUUCAAGCUUUGAAUAUUCCUCGAAGUGUGUGGAUGUUCCAUGUCUACGAAAAGCUUUGAAAGCAUCAGAUUUUUUCAAAUACAAUUUUGUGCAUUCGUCGUCCCAGCCAGGAGUGGCUGGUUUUCUUUUAAACGGAGCACUUGGAACUUUUCUUUUUUGUGCUUCCAAUGAGCUUUUAUACAUCAAAUCUACAAAAAAUCGAUAUUCUUCCAAUGGUGGAAGUAUAUCUAUUGAUUCGACACCAAUUGUUACCGCCGUUGCAAAUUUUUGCCAGUCGAUGUUCCUUGUUAGAUCAAAUGGAACUCGAGAUGGUUCAGUGGAUUGCGGGCUACACUUGAUUGAUAUAUUGAUUGGCAAGUGAUCGCUACCAUGGGGAUCAUUGAUGACCUUCCACUGACAAUCUAAUGAUAGCGAGCUUGAGCAAAAAGAUAGGUCGAGUCGACUUUCUCGAGCCGGAGGUUUUGGAAUUCGUGUCGCUUCACCAGUGUUCAAGAUAGUCAAAUUGAAAUCGUCACAUAAAUCGUAAAAAAUAGCCGCUCUAGCGUCAUCAUAAGGAUCACCCCACCCAGUACCAUGAGAGUUCAUAUCACCCAGAAUUAGAACUGGGGAUGAGAGAAUCGAGAUUAGAUUCCAAAGAUGACUACGGCUAAUGUUAGUAUUUGGAGGAACGUAUACUGAAGCUAUGCAAAGUUCUUUAUUCUUUGCCGUUAUUUGACACGCGACAAUUUCGACGUCUGAUAGCGCUGGGAGAGGAAUUUUAUAGAAAGAGUAGCACUUUUUGAUCCCCAAAAGUACUCCUCCAUAAGAAUCAUUUCUAUCCAGGCGAAUAAUGUUAAAAUCGUGGAAGUUGAGUUCUGUAUCAGAAGAAAGCCAUGUUUCAGAAAGGGCGAAUAUAUCACAGUCAUAAUUUUGAAGUAAAAAUUUGAACGAGUCUAGUUUAGGCACUAGACUACGACAGUUCCAUUGUAGCACAUUGAUCAUAUCUCCUACUACGUUAGGUGAAUUAUCCAUCGAAAGAUGCAAGGAGGGGCCAUGAAACAGUCAAUUGUUUAAGAUAAGACUUCAGAGAUGGAAGCAAGGCAGAAAUAAGGCUUCUAAGGGGGUCUUGAAUAUUGAGGGUGUUUAAUAUAAAGUCCACAAUGUCCGAAAAAGCUAUCAAUCCUCGAUUGGACGCGAAUUUUCUAUGAGAAGAUCGAGGGGCAGCGUUUUUGUUUCUCUCUCUUCUGGGUAACGGCGUAUAAUCCUUACUGCAACCAGGAAUUGGCUGAGAAGGAGUCUUCGGAUUAGUUUUUUUACCAUUAUCCUUGGAAUUAGACAAUCUUCUGAGGAUCAUUUUAGCUUUCUUACGGUGCAUCAUUGGUGAAGAGAGUUUUCUUUUUUGAGAAUCAUCCUUUGUCGAAAAUUCUGGUGCAGCCGUAGUGUGAUCCUCAUCAGAAUCAGAGUCCAAUUCUUGAGUUGACAAAACCGAAAAUUGGUUUUCAUCAUGAGCGGCUGAUGCGGCCUUGAGCAUUUCAGCAUAAGUCCGCUUGGAGCGUCCUGUGAUAGAACGCUUCACUUUAUCGGAGUGCUGUUUGUACCUUGGGCACUCCUGUAGUGCGUGAGGAUUCUCGCCACAGUGGAUACAUUUUUCCACUGUUUGUGUACAAGAAUCCUCACUGUGUUUUUCACCACAUUUACCGCAGCGGAACUUGUUGCCGCAAUGGCUGGAAGAAUGUCCCAAAUUUUUACAGAUGCUGCAAUUAUAGACCCGCGGUACAAACAAGCGCACCGGAAAAAAAACACUAUCUACUUUCACAUAGUUCGGGAGAACACAACCAGUGAAAGUCACCCGAAACGAGUGUGAAGGCUUAUAGACUUUUUGGUUGUCUUCCAAAGAUGCUGCAUGUAGUUGCCUAACAUCCAGAAUCUUCACAAGCUCACCAAUUAGGGAGUUUUUAAAACAACCCGAUGCUUUUUUCAAUUCUUCAACACUCAGACUCGCAUCGGAGACUACGCCUUCUAUCUCCACAUCUCGAGAAGGGAUGUAAAUGUGGUACUUCCUGUUGAAAAUCUCGUGGUCAACAAUCUUGUUCGCCACAUCAAAAGUCGGUGCUUCUACACGCAGUUUGUCCGGUCUCUCUUUACGUAUCAAGACAUCCGGAUACUUACGCAGCAAAUCUCUUGAAAUGUCAAGAGUUCUCAACGAUUUCUCCUUGGGCCGAAAGAAAACAACCCAUGGUGCUUUUGAGGACUGUUGGUAAUAGCGCGUCCGCGCAACAAUAGCAUCAGCAGACGCCAUAACGGUUGCGCAAACGGUGCGCAACCGUCUAUGAAAAACAAAAAAAAACUUUCUCACACACACGCACACACACACACGCGCGCGCAAAAACUCAACUUAAAACUAACUUAGACUUAAAAUUAACGUAAACUAAAAAAAUAUUUUAAAACUAAAAUUACUUUCCAAAAAAAAAAAUUCUUCAAAAAAAAAUAUUAAUUUUAAGUGUCCGAACAACCUUGAACACCCCUAUUCAGAGAGCGAUACAAAGCCGCGCGCUACAAGGUAAACACUAUAGCGCGACGGCAAAAUCUAUUGUUGUACUUAUCUGUUUUGUUGACGGCGUUCAGUGGAACGAAUGAACAGGCCACCGAUCCGGGCUUGCCAGAGAGGCGCUUCCUGUUGCUUUUGGUGCACUUCACUUGCGACGAAAGCAGAAAAAAAACAACUAAAAACCACUUUAGAAAAAGGAAAAAAAAACAGCUUCGAUUUAUUGCUAACAGAGCACGAACAAUAGACGUCCGGCUCUUACAAUUGAUCGAUGAGGAAUGAUCUAUCGAAUUCUAUAGCAAACUCAAAUUGGAAUGUAUUUGCAGUUGAGUUAUUAACUAAAGGAAAAGCUGAUAAAGAGAAAUCGAUCAUAUCACUUACACCCCUUUCUUCUAAGUUUCUCAAAUUUUUUUUUUCGUUUUUCUUUUUCGAAAUUUGUUCUACGCCGACCCGCCGUAGGAAUAGUGAUCCCCUAUUUUUGAAAUUAAUCGUUCAUCGAUUAAUCGAAUACUUUUCAGCAAUUUGUUAUUCGAUACGAUUAAUCGCCCCAAAUAAUCGAAAGUAAUAGUUAGUUAGUAAUUAUUUGUUAGACUAAUAUUUCUCAUUUGCUAAGAAGCCAUCUGGAAUAAAAAAAGUGAUCAUUCCGCCUGUAAUACAAUUCUCGCGUAACUUUUGAAAAGGUCCUAUGUAUCAUUCACAUCAACUCGAGAAAAAAGGAGUUGAAGAUCGUAAUAUUGUUCCGCGAAUUGUUUCAAAAGAAAUCAAUCUUUAUCACUACUUUUACCACUAGCAGUCAAUAAUAACUCUGAAAAAUCAAUCGUAACUGUUGUCAUGUGAUUUUAGUUUGAAAUUGAAGCCUUCGAGCGAAAAAUGUUACAUUGGGCGUUUUGACUGACCGACAAAUAACGUUGCACGAUGAGAAUUUGAAAAUAACUACUGAACAACGAUCCAAAUACUUGCACUUCGUGCUAAAAGCAGAUCAUUAUUGUUAUAACUCGUUGAAUUGAACGAUAUCUACACCCGAAAAUAACAAAAACUCAAAAUGACCGAAGUGCGAUUUCGUGUUGUAUUGGUUGUUUUGUUACUUCGGACGUAUCGAGCGUCAGAGGAAAGUGAUGUCCGAAGUAACAGUCGAGUGCUUAAAAUUCGAAUCUGUACAUUGGUCAUUUUUUGAAUCGGCGAUAAAAAGGUCUUCUUCUUCUUCAAUGGCACUAACGUUCCUAGAGGAACUUCGCCGUCUCAACGUAGUAUUACUUGCGUCAUUUUUAUUAGUACUUAGUUGAGAUUUCUAUGCCAAAUAACACGCCUUGAAUGCAUUCUGAGUGGCAAGCUCUAGAAUACGCGUGAUCACAGUGCAAGUCGGAGGAAAUUUCUUUGACGAAAAAUUCCCCCGACCAGAACGGGAAUCGAACCCGAACACCCGGCAUGUUAGUUAUGACGCUAACCACUCGGCCAAGGGAGCACCGGCGAUAAAAAGGUGAAAAGGAUAGAUACUUGAACGAUUGUUUUCUCAAUGCAUUAAUUGAUUGAUAACUAAUAGCGAAUUCGUUUUUGUUCAGUUUCAACCCCAGUGCCGCACUAACUGCUGUCAAAACGUUUUUUUAUUCACUCAGUUUCGCACUCAGUGUCGCACUAGUUCGCCCCGAAAACUGUUAGUUUCGCACUGAGAUGUUUCACGGGUUGGCACUCGGGUUCACCAAUACAACUAUACUGAACUGUCAAGUUCCGAAUAUUAUUUUGGAAAAUCUAAAAAUAAAGACUAUGAAAAGGGAAAACCUGCUGCUUUUGCUUUUGUAUUAUUGGAAGCGUAAUCCAAUUCGGAUUCUGAUUUUGAAGAGUAUAUUCGAGUAGACGGCAUUAAGCUACGUGUGCUUUCAUUGGGAGGUGAAAAUAAUGAUGGAUAUUCAGGUGGAAUAAAUUUCAAAAUCAAAAUUAUGAAUGAAAAUUUACUUUAACGUAUCGAAUAUUUAUUUUAUGUGAUUAAAUAAGAGGAUUUUUCCGAUAUCGCAGAAACAUAUUGAACGAAAACUGUGUCUAAUGAUGAUUUUAUAUUAUAAUAGUAAUUAUUUGUGGAACAAACAGGAAAUGCAUCGACAAAUGGUUAAGUGAGUGUCAGAACUACAUGUGUUAGGUAAUCGAACAAUAUGAAGUACAAAUUUUCAUUCAAACUUUUAUAUGUUUACACUGCACUUGGCCCUUCUGAUCUGAUGGAGAACAAUUUACCUCCCAAGCACUAAUAUCACCACCAGACGUCGACACUGUACAUUUGCCGUCGUAAAUAUAAACAAAUCAGACUAUAUAACGUACACCAACAAACCAACGCAUUCGUGAAACUGAAAACGUUUUUUUAUUACAGAGUCAGUUUGGCACUGACUCAGUUUUAAAAACGAAUUCGUUAUAAUAGUGUGCAUCCAUUAACUCGAUUUGUUUACAUUUGUUACUUAGGACCUUUUCAAAAGUUACGCGAGAAUUAUUAUCUAUUACGCACCCUCGUAACCAAGGAAAGUGAAGUGGAAGGUAAAACGUAAUGUCAGAAUUGCCGUUCGGACGUAUCCCUUUCGCCGGCACGGUUGAUUGUCGUUAUGAACCAGCACAAAAAACAAAGCUGCAAAUUAUGCGCCAGUGGCGGUACCACGAUCAAAGCUUAAUCACAUUAGCCGAGCCAGCUGGCGGAAGCAUAUGCAUAAAGGUUACUAGGUUACUAUUUUCAACGACAACUGUUUAUUUAUUAUACUGCUUCAAAUACCUUCGACGAAAUCAAAUGUAACCAUACCAACGUAAGUAAUAAUAUAAACAAAUCCAAACUUUUCGUCUUGCCAUUUCUCAUACGUCUUUUCUAAAUAGUGUAAAUUACGAGCCACCUGUUAACUCCACCAUCUUGCUCGUAACCUCGUAAAGGAAGCUCAAUUCGCGUUGACGGUAUUCAGUUCGUUUACGAGUUAAGGGAAGCGUCAAAGAUAAUGAUUUAUUUUCAGGAUAAAGUGCGAUUCACAUACAACAUCCACGUCACGUUCACGUUCCGUCCCGUCACGUUGCGUCAAUUAUUCUUCCAAGAAGUCUUCAGAAUUCAACUCGGUGCUGAUGUGCAACAAGAUUUUUGUACCCAGUUGAGUUCCCACUCCUUGUGCACACAUGCGCUCUGGCAAAUGAGCACGCUCCGAAACACAGAUGAAAUGUUUGGUUGUCAGCGCCGUUCUUACGCAGAGAUUUGCGCCCAGUGUUAAGCUGAGUUUUACGCUGAAAAUUGCGCCGUAUUUUUAUACUGCGCGCUUGAAACUGGAUUGCUCUCUCUGUUGAGAUAUUUUUCUUCACACAAGCGUAUACGGUUCAAAUGGGGGCGCGCUGUUGUUUUUAUGCUUUGCUUAGAACGAACGAAGACAAAGCGGGCACUAGAAUUUGAUGUGUAUGUGUGUGUAUAGAAUGAGACGCGCAUCACACAAGUGAAAAGAAAUGUUUAGUAUCUGAGUUUUGCGCCGGGUACAUUUUGCGCUGUCGUGCUUAUGAAUUUUGUGCUAUUCGCACCAAGAAGAAUACGAGUUUUCUUUGAGCGCGCGCUGAUGAAAAUUGAACUCAACCGCAGCUUUAAUUUUCUGAAGACUGCUUCCAAGCAGUUCUUAUGCAAACAUUCCUAUACAUGUGAAUGUAUGUGAAUGCUUCAUUAGGUAUUGCAUGGAAGAAAAAUUGAAAAACGUGACAUGACGGAACGUGAACGUGACGUGGAUGUUGUAUGUGAAUCGCGCUUGAAGUGCGCUACACGUACAGCGUCAUCGUCACUGUCCCGUCAACUAUUCUCUUGGACUUAUUUUGCCGACGUCAAAGUUGCCGGUGAUUGUGUAUGUGAAUGCUCCCAUACGAUUCCCAUGAGAGAAUAUUUGACAAAUCACUCCUUCACGCUGACUUUACGGUGACAGGACGGUGUAUGUGUAGCCCACUUAAAACAGCAGCGGCCGUACGUUUUUUUUGAAGGUUUUUUUUUUGAUUCGUUCGAUUAAUAAUCGGUUUCUGUAGGAAGUAUUCGAUUAAUCGAUUAAUCGAACGAUUAUCGGGGAUCACUACGUAGGAAGCGGCCGUCUCAACGUGGUUUUACUUUCGUUAUUUUUAUAACUGCUUUCAGUUAAGCAUUCCUAUGCUAUAUAACACGCCUUGAAUUUAUUCUGAGUGGCAAGCUCUAGAAUACGCGUGAACCACAGCGCAAGCCGGGAAAAGGUUUCUUUGAUGAAAAAUCCACCGAUCAGCACGGGAAUCGUAGUCAAACCUUCAGCCUGACAAUGUAUAACGCUAAUCGCUCGGCCACGGGUGAAAACAAUAUUGAUCUAUCUAAAUAGAAAAGAUGGUUGUUAUCCAGAUUUGUUUCGCGCAUUAUUCACCUUGUAUUAUUAGAUGUGUAUUAUAUUAUUGAAUUAGGUUAACCAUAUGUUUUAUUUACAAUUAUCGUAAUUCCAAAAAAUCUAUAUGC